UGAGCGACUCGGGAGCGAGCGGAGGAGCUGGAAUAUGGGGAGUCAGCGGCAUGGCGGGGCCAGGAGCUCCCCGGAGGGUCUACCAGGGGAGCGGCCCCCGGCGUUUGCUAGCGCGUGAGCCGUAGGGAGCGAGCGCCCGGCAGCAAGAACGGAGGUGGAGGCGGGGCCGGGCGUGGAGCCCGGCUGGGGAAGCUGCUGUGUCCGGCCCUGCCUGGCUGCCUCCGCCGCGGCCAGUGGCUAUGGAGCUGGCGAGCAGCAGACCUGGGGCGACAGAGCAUACACGACUCCGUCCGCCCAUGCCCUGGUUGCUGCCGGUGCUGCUCUCUCUCCCACUGCUGCUGCUGCUGCCGGGCCCAGCGGCCUCCCAGCUACGAUACUCGGUGCCAGAGGAGCAGGCACCCGGCGCGCUCGUGGGCAACGUGGCUAGAGCGCUGGGGCUGGAGCUGCGGCGCUUGGGGCCAGGCUGCCUGCGCAUUAACCAUCUGGGUUCACCGAGCCCGCGCUAUCUGGAGCUGGACCUGACAAGCGGAGCGCUCUUCGUCAACGAGCGCAUUGACCGGGAGGCGCUGUGUGAGCAGCGGCCUCGCUGCCUGCUCAGCUUGGAAGUGCUGGCGCACAGCCCUGUGGCGGUGAGCGCCGUGGAGGUGGAGGUACUGGACAUCAAUGACAACUCGCCGCGCUUCCCGCGGUCUGAUUACCAGCUUCAGGUAAGCGAAUCGGUGGCGCCUGGAGCGCGCUUUCACAUAGAGAGUGCGCAGGACCCCGACGUGGGCUCCAACUCGGUGCAGACCUACGAGCUUAGCCCCAGCGAGCACUUCGAGCUGGACCUGAAACCCCUGCAGGAGAACAGUAAGGUGCUGGAGUUGGUGCUGCGUAAGGGCCUAGACCGGGAGCAGGCAGUCUGGCACCACCUGGUUCUCACAGCCGUGGACGGCGGCAGCCCAGCCCGGUCCGGCACGGCACAGAUCUCCGUGCGCGUCCUGGACACUAACGACAAUUCUCCCUCUUUCGACCAGUCCACUUACCGCGUCCAGCUUCGGGAGGACGCGCCCCCAGGUACAUUGGUAGUGAAGCUGAAUGCCUCAGAUCCGGAUGAGGGUUCCAACGGAGAGCUCAGGUAUUCCUUGAGCAGCUACACAUCAGACAGGGAGAGGCAGCUCUUCAGCAUCGAUGCCAUCACGGGGGAAGUGCGGGUAAGUGGAGCGCUGGAUUAUGAGGAGGCCUCUUCCUAUCAGAUCUAUGUGCAGGCGACCGACCGGGGUCCAGUGCCCAUGGUGGGUCACUGCAAGGUGCUGGUGGACAUCGUGGACGUGAAUGACAAUGCACCAGAAGUGGUACUUACAGACCUGUAUAGCCCAGUGCCUGAGGAUGCUGCACUCAACACUGUGGUGGCCCUUCUCAGUGUCAAUGACCAAGACUCAGGCCCCAACCAGAAAGUGAGCUUGGGCUUGGAGGCCACACUGCCUUUCCGACUGAAUGGCUUUGGAAACUCCUACACACUGGUAGUGAGUGGCCCGCUGGACCGGGAGCGGGUGGCUGCCUAUAACAUCACAGUGACAGCCACUGAUGGGGGAAUCCCACAGCUCACAUCCCAGCGGACGCUGCAGGUUGAGAUCUCUGACAUCAAUGACAAUCCACCAAGCUUCCUGAAGGACUCUUACUCCAUCUAUGUCCAGGAGAACAAUUUGCCAGGCGUGUUGCUCUGCACUGUGCAAGCCACAGACCCAGAUGAAAAGGAGAAUGCAGAGGUGACCUACUCCCUCCUGGAGAGGGAGAUUCAAGGGCUGCCAGUCACCUCCUAUGUCUCCAUUGACAGUGCCAGCGGUAGCCUUUAUGCUGUCAACUCCUUUGACUAUGAGAAGUUUCGGGAGUUUUUUGUGACUGUGGAGGCCCAGGACAAGGGGAGCCCACCACUGAGCAGCACUGUGACCGCCAAUGUGUAUGUGGUGGACAUGAAUGACCAUGCCCCUUACAUCCUGUACCCUACCUCAACCAAUUCAUCAGCAGCCAUUGAGAUGAUGCCUCGGACUGCCCCUGCUGGCUACCUGGUCACCAAAGUCAUAGCCAUGGACUCAGACUCUGGGCAAAACGCUUGGCUCUUUUACCAUCUGGCCCAGACCUCUGACCUGGACCUCUUUAAAGUAGAGCUCCACACGGGAGAAAUUAGGACUACCAGGAAGAUAGGAGACGAGAGCGGAACCACUUUCAACCUGACCGUGGUGGUCCGAGACAACGGAGAGCCCUCUCUAUCAGCCUCUGUGUCCAUUACGGUAGCUGUGGUGGACAGAGUUUCCAAAAUCCUCCCUGACACUCAGAGACACGUUCGGGGUCCUCGGACAUACUCUGAAAUUACACUUUACCUAAUAAUAGCAUUAAGCACAGUAUCUUUUAUAUUCCUUUUGACAAUCAUUGUUUUGAGCAUCAUCAAGUGCUACCGCUACACUGCCUAUGGCACUGCGUGCUGCGGAGGCUUCUGUGGAGUGAGGGAGCGGUGCCGCACAGACCUGUACAAACAGGCCAAUAACAACAUCGAUGCCAGGAUACCACACGGCCUCAAAGUGCAGCCUCACUUCAUUGAAGUGCGAGGGAACGGCUCCCUCACCAAGACCUACUGCUACAAGGCCUGUCUGACAGCAGGCUCAGGGAGUGACACUUUCAUGUUUUACAACACAGGGGCACAGACAGGACCUGGGCCUGGGGGAGCCCAAGCCGCAGCAAGUGACAGCAGGCACCUCACAGGCCAAAGUGGACAGAGUGCUGGGAACCUGAUUAUUCUAAAAAAUGAGGCUGUUUCUCAAAAUGAGCCACGACAGCCCAAUCCUGACUGGCGUUACUCUGCCUCCCUGAGAGCAGGAAUGCACAGCUCUGUGCACCUGGAGGAAGCUGGUAUUCUACGGGCUGGGCCGGGAGGGCCUGAUCAGCAGUGGCCAACAGUAUCCAGUGCGACACCAGAACCGGAGGCAGGAGAGGUGUCCCCUCCAGUCGGUGCUGGUGUCAACAGCAACAGCUGGACCUUUAAGUACGGACCAGGCAACCCCAAACAACCUGGUCCCGGUGAGUUGCCAGACAAAUUCAUUAUCCCAGGAUCUCCUGCAAUCAUCUCCAUCCGGCAGGAGCCCACGAACAGCCAAAUUGACAAAAGUGACUUCAUAACCUUCGGCAAAAAGGAGGAGACCAAGAAAAAGAAGAAAAAGAAGAAGGGUAACAAGACCCAGGAGAAAAAAGAGAAAGGGAACAGCACGACUGACAACAGUGACCAGUGAGGUCCUGUAAUGGAAAACAAGCCACUUAGCCAGUUUUUGUACUAAUGGCAACUCUCUCCCUUGUAGCAACUCCCUACCUACUCCUUUCUCCUGUCCACACGAGCCCUCUCUUAGAGACCUCAGAAAUCUGCAGCAAGUGCCCUGUGUCUGUCUAGAUCACAUUUAGCAGGUUUUGUCUUAAAAGCUUUACUAAGUCUGGUGUUAACUCUUUCUCUCCGCUCUGGCUUGUUUGCAGAACCUAAAAAGCAGACCCAAGUUUCCUUUCUCCUCCGCCGCAAAGGAGAGGCUUUCCAGCCCCGCCCGUGAGAGGUUGGACUCUCUGCCCUGUGCUCCGGGGAUCCUGUCUUGAUGACACUUGCAGGGCAGGUUGAAAGCUUUUGAGAUUGAGCAGCUUGGGUAAUCUGGCCACUGGGUAUCUGUGACCACCGGGGAUAUGUGAGUGCCAGACAGUGGCCAGUGGCCAGGGCGGGCUGGUUAGGCCAGGCGGUGCAGGGAGCGCUGGGAACAAAGGCAGACAAGCAGCGGGAGUCCUGUCUGGAGGGGAACUGAGAAACUUAACAGGGACCAGACUUUUUAAAUCUUACAACUCAAGAGGUGGUGGCCACCCUCAAUCAGACAAAACUGCCCUCACCAACAAGGCUUUAGCAGUCCCUAACGUCUGUUGGCUGUGUCUACAAGCCGGUAGUUCAGAGUUUAGCAAGGGGCCAGCCAGGGCAACAGAAGCAGAUCUGAUGUGUUUCCUGUAUAUGUCCUUGUGCUCACUUUAUGAAACAUUCUUUUGCACACAAUGUUUAUGAAAAGGCCAGAUCCUUUUCCCACAACACAUAUGCAAAAGCAAAAGAAGAAAAAUAAAGAAAACCCCAACACCUCACUUUAAGCUGUUUGUUGUUUGAGAGAUUUAUUUAAAAAAGAGAAAAUCUAUAACUACAAAUCUUUAAAGAGAACUAUGAUGAAGAUGAUUCCCCUAAACUCUCCUGAAAAGCGAGUUGAGUCUACAGCCAUUUAAAUGAUCAUUGCUGCUACAGAAGUGCUUUAAGAGAAUUGCCUGAAACAUCUGUAUUAUACCGGCCACCUGCCAAUCACAGCUUUACUCUUUCAGGUCACUCUGGGGCUGCCUCUUGCAUGUAUUAACUACUAAAUAAAAGGAUCUUUCUCUCUCUCUUUUCUAAGAAACAAUUAUGUGCACUUUGUAUACACAACCUUCUCUAGCCAACACUAUCACGACCCAGAAAUCGAAGAAAAAUGUUGUUUUCUCAUACACACAGUGAGCAGACUUUGCAAUCCUCUAAUUCUGUGAUUUGUCUUGGUGUGCUAGCCUACACCUUUUCCCUGGUUUCGUUUACCUUUUCUAUAACACUCUGAAUUGCUACUCUUGCUAACACAUAUGAUGUUACCCGAGAUCAAUCUCCCAUAUGUAUGCUGUAUGCUAUUAUAAGACUCCCGAAAUAUACUUACUCCGUGCUUGUGUAUGUGAAUGUUAAUGCAACUAUUACCUAGAGUGAACUUUAAGCUUUAUUGUUGAAUGUAAUUCCAUUAUCUUUUCUUUUGUACACCUGUGAAAAAGUGGAGUAGUGUUUUCUUUAAGUAUUGUUAAUCAGCUUUUGUGUAUGUAAGACACAGUAAAAUUUAUUUCUUAAAUCAAGAUACUGGUGAUUCAAGGAAUUUUAUUUAUGGUCAGCCAAGAGCUGUCUCUUGCCAAGACUCCUGCUGGCAAGGGAAUGAAUAAAGCUGUUUUUUUCUAGUAACAACUCUGGAAUGAAUACUGAAGAUGCUCCCCGAGGGCGCAAGCACAAAAUUUACCAAUCUGACCUCUUGCACGUUGCAGAAUGCUCUGAAAUUCUAAUGCUGUCUGGAAUAUCAGCUCAGAGACAACAAUAAAAUUUACUGUCACCUUAAGCAAGACAUUUUAAUUUUGUUAAAAUGUACAAUUUAGAAGUUUGAGUAAUUAUAUUUUAAAAGUUAACAUAAAAGAGGUAGGAGUCUUUUAAAACAAAGCAGUAAAUCUCCAAAAAAAAACCUGUUUUGUCUACUUUUAGCUUCAUUCUCCCAUAUUUUGAAGGGUGUGUAACUUCAGCUCUGCAGGAUCGCAUGGGGUAAAACUUGUUGCCAGCACAUCUGAACCAUUGCGACGUUGUAGGUUGUGAUCAUUUUGCCCCAUUGAAACCCAUGUAUCUGACCUUACGUGCCUUUUGAUAACUAGGAGAAUCGGGCUAAUUUAUUAAUGGUGAUAAUUAUAAU